AGUCAGUCUCUUUUAAAGGGCCAGCAGAAGUGGGGAGAAAGUUGAACAGAGUUUCUAGCGGCGGGGUUUGGCUAGGUCCUGUCAGGGUGAUAAAACACGCCGCGUCCUGGUGGGGGGUAAAGUAUCUCGGGAGCCGCCGGCCGCAGAAUGGAGCAUGCAGCGCCUAAAAGCAAGCUAAAAAAGCUGAGUGAAGACAGCUUGACUAAGCAGCCUGAAGAAGUCUUUGAUGUCUUGGAGAAGCUUGGUGAAGGGUCUUAUGGAAGUGUUUUUAAAGCAAUACACAAAGAAUCUGGGCAGGUUGUGGCAAUUAAGCAAGUCCCUGUUGAAUCGGACCUACAGGAAAUAAUUAAAGAAAUUUCUAUAAUGCAACAAUGUGACAGCCCAUAUGUUGUCAAGUACUAUGGCAGCUAUUUUAAGAACACAGACCUGUGGAUUGUUAUGGAGUACUGUGGAGCUGGUUCAGUCUCAGACAUAAUUAGAUUACGGAAUAAAACGCUCACAGAAGACGAAAUUGCAACCAUUCUUAAAUCCACGCUUAAAGGACUUGAAUAUUUGCACUUCAUGAGAAAAAUACAUAGAGAUAUAAAGGCUGGAAACAUCCUCUUAAACACUGAAGGGCAUGCCAAGUUAGCUGACUUCGGAGUGGCCGGACAGUUAACUGAUACAAUGGCAAAACGUAAUACUGUUAUAGGUACUCCAUUUUGGAUGGCUCCAGAGGUAAUACAAGAAAUUGGCUAUAAUUGUGUAGCAGACAUUUGGUCGCUGGGUAUUACUUCAAUAGAGAUGGCUGAAGGAAAACCACCAUAUGCUGAUAUUCAUCCAAUGCGGGCAAUUUUUAUGAUUCCUACAAACCCCCCUCCAACAUUCCGGAAGCCAGAGUUGUGGUCUGAUGAAUUCACUGAUUUUGUGAAAAAGUGUUUAGUGAAGAACCCUGAGCAGAGAGCUACUGCAACACAACUCCUACAGCAUCCUUUUAUUAAGAAUGCCAAACCUGUUUCAAUUCUAAGAGACUUGAUUACUGAAGCUAUGGAAAUCAAGGCAAAGAGGCAUGAAGAGCAGCAGAGGGAACUGGAAGAAGAGGAUGAAAACUCGGAUGAAGAUGAGCUGGACUCCCAUACCAUGGUAAAGAGUAGUUCAGAGACUGCAGGCACAAUGCGGGCCACAAGUACGAUGAGUGAAAGUGCCCAAACCAUGAUUGAACAUAACAGCACCAUGCUAGAAUCAGACUUGGGGACCAUGGUGAUAAACAGUGACGAUGAUGAUGACGACGACGAAGAUGGCACCAUGAAAAGAAAUGCUACAUCACCACAAGCACAGAGACCUUCUUUUAUGGACUAUUUUGAUAAACAAGAUUCCAAGAACAAAAGCCAUGAAAACUGCAAUCAAAAUAUGCACGAAUCUUACCAUAUAUCGAAAAACGUUUUCCCUGAUAACUGGAAGGUCCCCCAAGAUGGUGAUUUUGAUUUUCUGAAAAAUCUAAGUUUGGAAGAGCUGCAGAUGAGGUUAAAAGCUUUGGAUCCUAUGAUGGAACGAGAAAUUGAAGAACUUCGACAAAGAUACACAGCUAAGAGGCAGCCGAUUCUGGAUGCUAUGGAUGCAAAAAAACGAAGACAGCAGAACUUCUGAUCUUAUCACUUCUGAAGAAAAAGUUAUGAGUUGAUAAGGAUGCUGGUAAAACUGUACGUAGAUCUGAGUUUUGAAAUACAGCAACCUCGAGCUUCGUAACAGCUAAAGCACUAAAAGAGAGCACAUUGUAUAUUCUGCAGUCUGAAUGGAAAACUUGUCCUGUUGUUCAUGUUUAAUACAAUAGAAGCUUCACAUUCCACUUCCAGAUCCCUUUUCAGCUAAGAUACAGAAAUGCUGGCUGUUGAAUGAGGCGUAUUUGGUUCCCGGUAAUACUUAAAGCUAUCUCCAAAUUGCUCGAUACUACAGGGCCUUAAGUUGCAAUAUAUGUUUGUUUCCAUUUAAAAACCUAUUUAUUGAAUAUGCUUAGGUGAUCUUAUUUAUUUCUGUGCUUCUGCCUUUUAAUUAUAAAUCGGGGGUGAAGAAACUAGUGAGUGGCGGGAUCAGUGAUAGAUUAAUUAAAAUGUUUGUGUGUGAUCACACCCCAAACAAAAACUGCUACUUUAUUAAGUCCUAACUCUAAAGAUUUGGGGUUCUAGCUUGACUGGGGACUGUAUUGGCUACAAUGCAGAAAUGCUCACCUAUGGACAGAGGAAAAUUCUGGAAGUGGAUGAAAGCGAUGCAGUCUUAAAAUACCUUGUAUUUAUACCUGGAGGCUGGCACAGGAGAAUUUCAGUGGGGCUUUUAUACCGUCCUCUUCCUUGUCUGUCAAGCAUUACCUUAUGAAAUAAGAGAAAAGUGCCUCUCCAGCAAUCUUUCUUCCUCUCUCCGCCAACAUCGUGCCAGAGAAACAGUCCCCAGGAUCCUUUUUGGUUUCCAUUUUCUAUCUGCUGCUGCCUUUACUUAGUUUCAGUAUCCCACUUGGCUCUGACUUGCUGGUUGAUUCUGCCCCAUAUUAGGAUAUAAGUUCACUUUGAGAGACUGAUUUAAAAACCAGAGAUGAUGGUUCUGAUCUGUGGGCACAGGCAUUCACAGCAAAUUCCUCUUCAGUAACUCUUCCUGCCGAAGGCCAAACUCUUCUGAGUUUAAGGAAUAAUUUUACAGGUUUGUGCUGCCGAAAAUGAAAACAGCUGGGGAGAUACUCCUGUGCGAGUGUCUUAAUUACUUAAUUGUGACUAGUAAAUGGAAACGCUUGAUUGAUAAUAUCCUGAAAAUAUGAACCACAAUACGUUACUCUUCAAGUCUAAUCUGGCAUACCUUCCAAAAUAGUUAUUUUUGGUAGCAAAAUACAGCUGCGGAAGAAAUCUUAAAGGUGUAUCAGGGGUGUGUGCUGGCAAAGUAGCCUUCCACAACAGUGUGCAGGUGACAUUGGGGAGUGCAGCAGGGGAGUACAGCAGAAUUCCUGAGAUCAUUAGGCAGCCAGUCCUUUCCAUGGUAACAGAUUUGCUACUCCCAGAGGUCUUAGUGCUGUUGUUCAAGGCUCUCUUGUGAACCACACGGCCACUUUCCUAUCAUUUGGUAGGUGAAAAGUAUUGUAUUCCAGUCAAUAUACCAAGCUCUCUUUGUUUAGUAGUGUGAUCCAGCUCCUGAUAAGUUUUAAUAACUUCAGAGGUGGUCACUGUUAGCUCCUGUUACCUCUUCCACUGACUACCAGUUAAUAUGGUGGUUGUAUAUUUUCUAGAAUGCUUGAGAUCAAUGACAGUGACUUCUAAACAGUAAGGAUUUUAAUGGGUAGAUAUUUUUGCAUGGGCUUCUAUAUUUCAUUAAACAUUCCAUCCCUCUUAAUACCUACUGCAGAUGUUUUAUGCCAAGCACUCCAGCCUGGAAAACCCUACAGCAUUUUCUGAAAUGCCUUAAACAAUUGAGAGUCAUUGUCAGCAUCAAAGGACCUUUGAUUUUUGCCUGAAUAUGAGCUUGUCUGUGUAGCUGUGUAGUUGUGCCACACAGUGGCAUGCUGAACAUUAUCUGUUCUUUAAUAGCUUGCUAAAGGCUGUUACAGGCCCUUUGUGUUAAUUUUCUGAAAGGAGUGGGAGAAGUUGCUUUUUUAAAAAACAAUCCAGUACUGUUUAUUCCAGGUAUGCCACUAUCUUUCUUCACAUCAGAGUUCUGUGAUGUACUGUGAAACUGUAGUUGGUCAUGAGUUAUAAAUCAGCCUUUUAAGAUUUUGCAUUACACAAAGAACAAAUAAAUUGUCAGUUAGGACAUGACUUAUGGAACCUUCCUAAUGAUAAGUUUGUAACAAUCUAUAGUGUAAAAAGAAUCAUGCCGAUAGUAUUGCUUCCACCUCAUUCUGUUGAAACACAAGCUGAGAUGGCCGCCGCAGUAGCCACUACAGGCAGAGUUGCCUGUUUAGCUCUACAGCAAGACAGCUCCAAGCUUUGUGCGCAGGCUGUGCUACUAUUAGGAGCUGUGGACCUUGGGAAUGGGAUGCAGGGUGGCUAGUUAUGGUCUUGCUUGAGAAUGCCCUUCUCUAUACUAAAGCAGCACUAAUUAUAAUUGUUGCUGUAAUUUAUCAUUGCUACUUUAGUUCAGGAGGCAUGGAUGUGAAGAGAAUGGAAAUUCCCUAAACUCAGUCCUGUACUAUGCUAUGUAGAGCCUUAAUCUCCCAAUGUCAAGAGUGGCUCCCUCAGUUUUUCAGAACAACACUGAAGUCUUAAUAAUGUGACUUAAUAAAAAGAACCCACUGAUUUCUAAGCCACACAUUUUCCUGUUCCUCAAAAAUUAAACAAAACCAAAAUGUCUAGUGUGGAUAUCUGCCUUGCUAUCCCCCUGGUGGUGUGCCUUAUGUGUGAAUAACUUAGUCAAUCAUGAGUUCUCUGACUUGUUUUUUGUUUUUUUUGGUGUUGCUUUGUGACACAUUGCAAGCCAGAAGGGUUGUGUUAAACGGCCAUCGGUCAACCUGGAACAUUUCUGUAAUAUCUGGAAGCAUCAUCCCUGUUUAGAUACUGAGUGUCACAAGGAUCUUUUCAUCCAGAAAAGGUUCUACUCCAACUGAGUUUCUCAUUUGGAUUUUAAAUGUUUAUUAAGUAUAGUAAUACAGAGGAAGAAUUAGUAACAGAAGUGUUGCACAAAACUAAUGAUGCAAUAGUCAUGAGGACUAUAGAAUGUUAUAUUUCCAACACUUUCUCCAGCCAAUACACAAUGAUAUAUUUGAGAACCAAAUGCAGUCAUCUUAAAAUACUUCUGAUGAUUUUUAAAUCAGGCAACGUUGUGUGUUAGAAAUGAAAAUUAGAGAUGAAAUUUAUAGGCAGUCUUUGUAUUAUUCUUUGAUAUUUAUUUAUAUUUACUGAAACAUAUACUAUUUGUGUCCAUAACCACUUUUAUCUCCACUGAAAGAUGUGCAUCUUUUGUAAAGUAUUUAUUUUACUAAAAAUUUGCAAUAAAGCCAGUGGAGCUGAUAGUUAACUAUAGUGAGAUUUUAACCCAACUUGGUUUAUUGUUGUUUCCUGUCCUGUAUAUAAAAGUUUUAAGUAUUAUUUCCAAAAACUCUGAAAACAAUUGUUUGUUACCAAACAUUUUGAAUAAAAGUUAUUUUCCAUCUA